CCUUUCCCUGCAGAAAGCUGCGUUGGCACAGUUUCCAGAACUCGCACAGGCCCAGCCUGAACUCUGCCUCCCUGGAGAUCAACCGCCAGUCCUCUGCCCAGCUCAACCUGCUCCAAAAGUGCUCCCUGCUCCGUCUCACGGCCAUCAUGGAGAAGUACUCCGUGCCCCACAAGCAAGCCUGGACGUGGACCGUGCCCAAGUUCAUGAAGCGGAGUAAAGUCCCCGACUACAGGGACAAGAUGGUCUUUGGGGUGCCGCCCAUCAUCAACGUGCAGCGGACGGGGCAGCCCCUGCCCCAGAGCAUCCAGCAGGCCAUGCGCUACAUCCGCAGCCAGUGCCUGGACCAGGUCGGCAUUUUCCGAAAGUCAGGGGUGAAGUCCCGGAUUCAGGCACUCCGGCACAUGAAUGAAACCAGCCCUGACAACGUCAACUACGACGGGCAGUCAGCGUACGAUGUGGCUGACCUACUGAAGCAAUAUUUCCGUGACCUGCCGGAGCCCAUCUUCACCAGCAAGCUGACGGACACCUUCCUGCAGAUCUACCAGUUCGUGUCGAAGGAGCAGCGGCUGCAGGCAGUGCAGGCGGCCGUUAUCCUCAUGCCGGACGAGAACCGGGAGGUGCUGCAGACCCUGCUUUACUUCCUGAGCGACAUCGCCUCCGCGGAGGAGAACCAGAUGACCGCCGGGAACCUAGCCGUGUGCCUGGCCCCCUCCAUCUUUCACCUCAACGUGUCCAAGAAGGAAAGCACCUCGCCGAGGGUGAUACAUAAGAGGGGCACCAUGGGGAAGCCUGACCAGAAGGACCUCAAUGAGAACAUGGCUGCGACGCAGGGGCUCUCCCACAUGAUCACCGACUGCAAGAAGCUCUUCCAGGUCUCCCAUGACAUCUUGCUGCAGCUGAGCAGCUCCUAUAUGGCAGCAGAUGCUUACCCCCAUCCCCUGACCGACUUCGUGUGUCAAGGGGAAAGCAAGGAUUUACACUCCUACUUUGAGCAGAGUGUCCAGAACCUGCUCAAAGAGUCAUCAGAAAAAUUCAAGGGGUGGCUGAGCACCCCGGGGCCCCUGAACACGGAGGUCUCCUGCAAAAAGGUUGGGGACGGGCACCCUCUGCGCUUGUGGAAAGUCUCCACGGAUGUCGAGGCCCCCCCUGCCAUGGUGCUGCACCGGGUGCUUCGGGAGCGUCACCUCUGGGAUGAGGACCUGCUGCAGAGCAAAGUGGUGGAGGCCCUGGACAAGAACAUGGAGGUCUACCACUACGGCAUGGACAGCAUGGCACGCCACCCGCGCAGGGACUGCGUGGUGCUGCGGUGAGGGCAGGGAAUGACCCGAGUGGGAGGGUCUGGUUGUGGUUUGGUGGAUCCCAUCUCGGUGGAGCACGACAAGCUGCCGGUGGAGGGAGGUGUCAAAGCCAUUGUGCUGACGUCCCAGUACCUCAUCGAGCCCAGCGCCAUGGGCCGCUCCAAAAUCACCCACAUCUGCAGAGCUGACCUCAGGGGCCGGUCUCCUGAGUGGUACAACAAGGUCUUUGGCCACCUCUGUGCCAUAAAAAAAAUCCGAGGCUCUUUCCCAGCCCUGAGUCCCAGCGGCCCUGAGACGAAGAUCUGA